GAAUCUGUUUCCUCGCGAAUCAUAUGGUUUCACAGCACAUGCUAUACUUUAAUGCAGAAUAAAUAUGCAUGUCAAUAAAAAAACACUCGAUCAAAUAAGGCAAUGUCCAAAUUACUGAAUUUUUUUAUCAAAGUCGCACAACUUAUCAAAUCUAGAUUAGUUAAAACAAAAUGAUUAAACUUCACUCAUUUAGGUAUAGUGUUUCGUAAAAGAAAGAGCAGUAUUAUUUUACUAAAUGUAUUUUCUGUGUCAAUUUAAUAAUUAUAAUUCUAUUAGUUGAGAAAAAAAAUUAAACAAUGGAGUACGAAUUACUGUGGAAAUUCGUGACUUAUAUUUAUUACAUUGGAGGAUUAUUGUUAAUACUCAAAGUAUACAAUACUGUAACGGCAGGAGUAUGUAAAACUGAUAAACGAUUGGAUGGACAAGUUAUAAUCGUAACAGGCUCCAACACAGGAAUUGGUAAGACGGCAGCCUUCGAUUUUGCAAAACGAGGAGCUAAAGUUAUUUUAGCGUGCAGAGAUCUGGUAAAAGCUCACAAGACCAAAGACGAAAUUGUGGAAAUUACGAACAAUAAAAAUGUCGUGGUUCGACAUUUGGAUUUAUCAUCGCUAAAAAGUGUAAGACAAUUUGCAAGUGAAAUAAUUGCCACAGAAAAUAGAUUGGAUGUCCUAGUUAACAAUGCAGGCCUGGGAGGCAUUGUUGACAAGAAAACCGAGGACGGCCUCGAAUGGGCCUUACAAGUCAAUCACUACGGUCACUUUUUACUGACAAAUUUAUUAAUUGAUUUGCUUAAAAAGUCAGCACCUAGUCGAAUUGUUCACGUGUCAUCAAUGAUGCACUGGCUGGGACGCUUAGAUUUUGAUAAUAUGAAUUUUGAAAAAGGAAUAAAUGGUUUUAUGAUAUAUAACGUCAGUAAAUUAUAUAACAUAAUAGGAAGUAACGAAUUUGCAAGACGAUUAGAAGGAACUGGUGUAACGUCAAACAGUUUACAUCCAGGCAUUGUACAUACAGAAAUAAUGAGAGAGGUUCCUUUCCUAAUAAGACAGUUUGUAAAUAAAAUGUUACAACUAUUUUUCAAGUCACCGGAGGAAGGAGCCCAAACCACUAUUUAUCUAGCAGUUAAUGACGAAGUAACAAAUGUAUCAGGAAAAUAUUACUCCGAUUGUCAGGAAGCAUACUCAUCAUCAAUCACAAAAGAUAAAGAAGCAGGCAAGAAAUUUUGGGACAAAUGCUGUGAUUUUGUGCAUCUUAAACCAGAAGAAAGAUUUAUUUAACACUUAUGUUUCAUAACAGUUUUAUCUUUUUUAUAAUAAAUUUAAAGUACAAAAAAAUUUAACAAAUUCUGUAAUGUAAUCGUUAUUAUUAAUGUUAAGUCAUAAUCUAUGGCCACAAAACUCAUUCUCCAAAUUCCCUGAUUUUUCGCUGACUAAUCUUUUUUUCCCCUAACAAAAAUAUUUGUGGACUCUAUCGAUUAAAAUUCCCUGACAUACGACGACCCUGCUAUCCUUUUUGGUAUACUAAGAAAAUAAAUUAU